CAACUUUCUUGAGCUAACAGACUUGAAUUCUACAGAGGUUGUGUACAGCUGGGGAAAAAUCGCUCUUUAUUCGUCUUCUUUACAGUUUUAGGCUUAGAGUUGUGAAAUGUAGAACAAGACCAUGUUUUAAGAACAUAAUGAAUCGUUACUUAUGGCUUUCCCGUUGGGCUGGAAAGAGAAUUUAAGCAUCGCAUCGACGGCAUAAGACCAGGGGUAUCAGGGCGGUCGUCGAUAUGCAGUCCAAACGUGAAAGGGAGAGCGACCGUGAGCGAGACAGAAAGGUUUCUCGGCCAAGCCGGGGUAGUUUACACUCGCCGAGGAAUAGCUCUAGUUCUGGUUCUGGGGUAAUGAUGGUUGGACCGAAUUUUCGCGUCGGCAAGAAGAUUGGAUGUGGAAACUUUGGUGAACUACGACUUGGUAAAAAUCUGUACAACAACGAGCACGUCGCCAUCAAAUUGGAACCCAUGAAAUCUAGGGCACCACAGCUGCAUUUGGAAUACCGAUUUUACAAAGUACUUGGAAAUGCUGAGGGGAUACCUCAGGUGCACUACUUUGGCCCAUGUGGGAAGUACAAUGCAUUAGUCAUGGAACUUUUGGGACCAAGCUUGGAGGAUCUGUUUGAUCUCUGUAACAGACAGUUUAGCUUGAAAACAGUUCUUAUGAUUGCCAUCCAGCUAAUUUCAAGACUCGAAUGUGUUCAUUCCAAGAAUAUGAUUUACAGAGACAUUAAGCCAGAGAACUUUCUCAUUGGUCGUAAAUCAUCAGGCAAAGAGAAAACAAUUCACAUUAUAGACUUUGGUCUUGCAAAGGAGUACAUUGAUCCAGAAACUAAAAAACAUAUACCAUAUCGAGAACACAAAAGUUUAACAGGAACUGCAAGAUACAUGAGUAUUAACACACAUUUAGGAAAAGAGCAAAGUAGGAGAGAUGACUUAGAAGCACUAGGGCAUAUGUUCAUGUACUUUCUAAGGGGAAGCCUUCCUUGGCAAGGGCUGAAAGCAGACACCCUGAAGGAAAGAUACCAAAAGAUUGGAGACACAAAACGUGCCACACCCAUUGAAGUCCUUUGUGAGAAUCAUCCAGAGGAACUGGCCACAUACCUACGCUAUGUUCGUAGACUUGAUUUCUUUGAAACGCCAGACUAUGAGUAUUUAAGAAAAUUGUUUAAGGAUUUAUUUGAAAGAAGAGGUUUUAUUGAAGACGGUGAAUUUGACUGGACACACAAGCAAAUUCCAAGUCCCAUUAAUUCCCUGAGUCAUUCAGAUCCACACAAUCAAAGAGAUUCUCAGCUUCCUGCUGGAUUUCAGAAAGCAAAUGAGAGAAUUACAUCCACAUCUGGAACAAACAAGUCUGCCCAAGACAGAAAGGGUGCUUGGGCUGACAAUUCACAAGCUCAGAAGUCUGGUGGCUUACUGGCUCCAACUGCAGACAGAUUAGGGGGCUCUGUACAGGUGGUCAGCUCAACAAACGGCGACCUCGGCCCUGUUGAUGAUAGCCGUCUUGAGGGGAAGGCUGGUACUCCUCUACAUGCACAACAGCAACAACCUGAAGUUGAAGUUGUUGAAGAAACAAAGUGUUGUUGCUUUUUCAAAAGGAAAAAGAAGAAGAAGCAGCCAGUUGCAAGACACAAAUAAUCCCCCCAUCCCCCCUCUGCCUCAACAUUUGGAUUACAUUCAAGAUUCUCUAGCAUAAGGACAAAGAUGGCAAAACCUUUUGUAGAAAGUUGGGUCAAUUUUAUAAUGAAAAGAGAUGGAAUUUAAUGUUCUAGGCAGACCUUGGUUAAUUUCUUACUCUGUGACAGCUUGGUACAUUGCACAAAAUUUUAAAAAAAAAUUGUCUAGUUAAGUAAUGAAGCAUUUUAAUCUAGUGGAUUUUAUUUGUAACAAUAAUUUAAAUAAAAGAUGAUCAACAGUCCAUGAAAGCCACUCUCAACUUUUUCUCUAUGUGACUAGGUGGACUGAUCGGAAGAUUGAUUAUCCAUGAUCACAACCAGAAAUGCAAGGUGUAUUCCAAACAUUUCAAACAAAAACACAAUGGGAAACUCGCUCAGACUGUUGGUUACUGUUAUCUUUGGUGAACAUUAUUCUGCGAUUAUAAUAAUUAUUAUUAUUAUUUACACUUCAGUUUCUUCACUGGCCAUUUGAAACUCAUUUUAGUUAGUUCCUUAUUGUAUUGUAUAAAAUGUUAUGUGAGUGAUCUUUGCUCUGCAUCUCACAGAGAAAAUGCGAGUUUUGCCUUACCUAUAUUUAUAUUUUAAGACUUCAUUGCUACAUCUAGUAAGAGAAGGGGACUGGUACAGGUUCGAGAGACUCUGGGAUUGUCUACACAGCGAUCAAAUAAAAUGACAUUUACUUUGAAGUGAUUGACUUUGUAAAACCCAUUGGUCACUAAAAAACAAUAGGGGCCUGGAGAGGAACUUUUUAAAAUGAGUUUGAGAAAGACCUGUGCCAAAUUUGGGGUUAUAUUAAAAUUUUUAAAAACCUUAAAUGUUGUGACUUUUUGGUGAAAGACUGCAAACAUUGUAAAACAGUUGUAGUGUUUUCAGACCCAUUAAUGUUGCCAAGAAGGUUCUGCAAGUUUAAUUUGUAGUUAUUUCACAUUUUUGUAUCAAUCACUUCUGAGAAGACCUUUCCAUUGUACAGCUCUAGGCCAUGUGGUGACUUUCAGAGGACAAAUUUGUCUCUAGAUAAUUUUGUCAAUAUUUUUGUCUGCGCAAUCAGUGGUUUCUGUUUGCAUGAUUUUGUUUUCAUUAGUUGAAUGCAUUUUUAAUAGUAGAAAGUUAUCAGAAACUGCAGGCUGCCAUCCCAAUAAUCCAAAGAAUGUGUUCUUUCUAAAAAUCAACCCAUUGCAAGAUCUUGCCCAAAGAUAAUUCCAACAAAAUAUCACAAGAAUUCUGGAAUUUUUUAUUGUAAUUGAGUUAUGGAGAUUAUUGCCAUGACAGGCCAGACAGGGGAAGAAGCUGUUCUUGUUGCCCUGUUUUACUGACACAAUGAUUUAGUUUCAUGACAACCCAUCGUUCAAUUACAAUUCCUUUUUUGACAAUCACAAGUGGUUUGGGAGAAACCAACAGAAUAACAUAGUCAUUCAUAUAUAGUGUCAUUUUUCACUGAUUUGUAAUUAUACAGAAUUGUCCAUCAUAAUUGUCAAUUUAUGUAGAGAUCAUGUGGUUUGUACAGUCUACAGGAAAAUAUUUUCCUUAUCAUUAAAGCAUUUAAAGAAAGUCUCAAAAUCUUUGUAUACUUAGAUGAUUAAUUAUUAAAAGAUAAACCUUUUUCUCA